AUGCGGCAAAGAGGGCGUUUUGCUGGUUUCUCGCUCUAUGUGUCAAACACAACCAUAAAGGAGGAUGGGUAUCUAUGUUACAAGAACGAACAGGAGUUACCGACCUUGAAUUUCAGUACAACUUGUGUCAAACAUGGACGUUACGUUAUAUUUUACAAUGAAAGAUUUGACGGUACAACUUAUCCUUCCGGAUAUGAAACAUACUCAGUUUACACAGAAUUGUGUGAAGUAACUGUAACAGGUUGUAAAGAAUCGGAUGUGUAUGGAUAUAACUGUGAUCUACCCUGUCCAAACAACUGUCAGGAAAUGAGAUGUGACAUUGUCAACGGAACGUGUUUGGGUUGUACUGCAGGAUGGCAUGUGCAGCUGGAUAUUACGGUUUACAGUGUAGAUCUACGUGUACUGGACACUGCAGAGACAACCUGUUCUGUAAUCACACCACUGGCCAAUGUGACUAUGGCUGUGGCAAUGGAUGGACAGGAAUACAUUGUAACACACAUCGAUGAAGACAACAAUGAAAAUGGCAGUGAAUGUGAAGCAGAAAGGGAGUGUCCAGCAGAAUCAUACGGUCCAGAUUGUGUGUAUAACUGUAGUGGACAGUGUCUGAGUUACCUCCCCUGCAACAGGACAACGGGAAAAUGUGACGGUGGCUGUAAUCUAAAAUAUACCGGGGAACUCUGUGACAAAGAGUGCCCUCCAGGAACAUAUGGUCCAGAUUGUCUGAAUGUCUGUAAUGUGACGAAUGGCUGUAAUCCAGGAUAUACCGAAGAACUCUGUGACAAAGUGUCAAUUUCCAAACCGAGAAAGACUAAGUUGUUUGUAGGACCAAGAUUUUUUCUAGACCCCAAGAUCGGAACAGAUGGAACAGAAAAUAGACAUUAG